AUGCCACAUUCAACAAACGUGUCCACGCCUACGAGGACUAUUACCUCGCCGGACGAGAAAUUGGUCGAUGCGGACAUCAACACGCCAGCGCGCUUCCUCCAAGACCGGGGUAUCACUUUGGAAACUCUCCCUUUCUGGCUGGUAAAUGUACCCCGGUCGCAAUGGACGACCGAAUGCCCUGCCUUUCUACGAGAUCAACCACCAAAGAACGUACAAUGCCUGGCUACACCCGAUAGCCACUAUCAGCGACAGAGCUGGGAGGAAGUACAGGAGAUCACCAGAACGAACCGGAUCGAUCGAUUCCAACGUGUCCCGAGCGAACUGCGCAAGUAUCUGGAAUACAUGUCCCAGAUCAAAGCCGAGUAUGGAUCGGUGAUGCGGUUCGUUGUUACGGAGAGACUAUGCUGGGGCGAUGGGAGUGCCGAGAACCUUCGGCCUCGUGGUGGCUUGUUCGAGUUCUCCGAGGAUAUUCGGAUCUUAUACAAUGACUGGCCGUACGGGAUAGAUACGGAUAUCAUCCACCUGGUAGUCUGGACCAAAUUUGAGCUUCCCGAUGACCCUGCCACGGGUGAUCUGACAGCAGAGGCGCGAGAGGCGAUCGAGCGAUACGUCCGGGAGACUUUUUGUUCGCUGGCGCCUGAACAGGUCGUCUGGUUCAGGAACUGGAAGUCACUCAAGUCCGUCCACGCCAUCGAACACUUCCACGUCAUGCUCCAUCGCCCGGAUAUGGCAUUCGUGCAGGAUAUCACCCAUGGAGAUGUACCGCUGAUUGAACGGGUAUGA